AUGGCGACUCUAUUUUCUAUUACCAAAACUUUCAACAUAACCCUGGUUGUAUGCCAGUGUGUAUUCCACAUUUUCAUAUUUGGAUCCCCAGAAAAUGCCAUAGUACUAGUUAGCAGGGACCUUUUUUGGGUUUUUGGGAACUCUGCUAUAGACAAGGUUAGCAAACAGCAUGCAGAUCCAGCAACUUCUAUUGAUUGGUACAAUGAUAGACUUAUCACCAUUUUACAGCUAAUGUCAAUCCAAACUCAAGCUAUGGAUUUUGGUGUUGGCAUUACAGUAGGUCUUGCCAUGUCUGUAGCAAAUAAAAUGAGAAUGAGUGAGAGUCUUGCUGCUGCAACAGAGGUGGACAUAUCUUGCAGUGCAUUCAACAAGAACUAUGGACCUCCAGACUUGCUUCCAGUUGAUGACAAAUGUGACAAGGGUAGUUCAAUACAAUUGGGCUUGGAAACCCAUCACGACGGGGUAACAGAUUUCACAUUUUACACUACAAUGUACACUAAUAAAGCCCAUGCUGCUAUCUGA